UCACUCACGCCUUGAAACGAACACAGCAACACGUUACUAGAAAAGCUUAGUAAGAUCCCGGAUCAACAAUGGAGCCACUUUCCCUGUGAUUGACUUCUCCAAACUCGAUGGGGAGGAGAGAGCAACCGCCAUGGAAAUGAUCAAAGAUGCCUGUGAGAAUUGGGGUUUCUUUGAGCUGGUGAACCAUGAGAUAUCUCAUGAGAUGCUGGACACAGUGGAAAGGCUGACAAAGGAGCACUACAAAAAUUGCAUGGAGAAAAGGUUCAAAGAAAUGGUUGCCAGUAAGGGUCUUGAGGCUGUUCAAUCUGAGAUCAAUGACAUGGACUGGGAAAGCACCUUCUUCUUGCGCCACUUGCCUGAAUCAAACAUGUCUGAAAUACCUGAUCUUGAAGAAGAUUACAGAAAGGCGAUGAAGGAAUUUGCAGAGGAGUUGGAGAAGCUUGCAGAGCAACUUUUGGACUUGUUGUGUGAGAAUCUGGGAUUGGAGCCUGGUUACCUGAAAAGGCUGUUUUAUGGAUCCAAAGGACCAAACUUUGGAACCAAAGUCAGCAACUACCCUCCAUGCCCCAAACCAGACCUGAUCAAGGGACUCAGGGCUCACACUGAUGCUGGUGGAAUCAUCUUACUAUUCCAAGAUGACAAGGUCAGCGGCCUUCAGCUUCUCAAGGAUGAACAAUGGAUCGAUGUUCCUCCAAUGAAACACUCCAUCGUCGUCAACCUUGGUGACCAGCUUGAGGUAAUCACGAAUGGCAAAUACAAGAGUGUGAUGCACCGCGUGAUUGCUCAAACAGAUGGCACCAGGAUGUCGAUUGCUUCCUUCUACAACCCGGGAAGCGAUGCUGUUAUAUAUCCAGCGCCGGCUUUGCUGGAAAAAGAAGCUGACAAAUCUGAAGUGUAUCCCAAAUUUGUGUUCGAGGACUACAUGAAGCUCUAUGCUGGCCUGAAGUUCCAAGCCAAGGAGCCAAGGUUCGAAGCCAUGAAGACCAUGGACUCCACAGUUAACUUGGAUCCUAUUGCAACUGUUUGAGUCCUUCAGUGACCGAAAGAGAGACGGGUUUAAUUUAGAAGUGCGUUUCUGUUAAUAAGUUUAGUCGGCUGACGUAUGAAUUAUGUUAAAUUAUUACGGUUGUGGAAUUUGUGAGUGCUUGCAGGUGUGGAUCUUAGUAGUUCAAAUAAGCUUGGACUAAGAAUUGUUCUAUAUGACGCCUAGUCGCUAGUGGCUGUGAUUUAAAUGAGAUGUUGUGUGUUAUCCAAGUGACCAAAUUAUAUCUGAUAUGCAAUUUGCCUUCAAGAUUCUGUUUUGGCUAUAUUAGGCUUUUAUAACUUACUGUCUCA